CUCAGGUUCCUGCUGACGGAGCUCCUGGCCACGCUGCUGACAGGAGGAGCUCAGUAGGACACUGACGGGGCUUCAGGGGACAGGCAGCCAUGGUGUUCCCACGUCUGCCUGCUGGUGUUCUGGUACUCCUUCUGCUAGCAGGUGUGAGCGAGAGCGUGCCGUGCCCCAAGCCGGGUCCCAAGGGCACCAUAGUGAAGGUGCUGAUCAAGGACAUGGUGCAGGCGUGGACCUGCCCGAAGGCUGGCCAGGUGUGGUCCACGGGGGGUAGUGUCCUCACCGUCUAUUGUACCAUCAACGGCCAGAACGCCAGCAGCGCCACCUGUGGGGCGCCGCCGGCCAACACACAGUCGUGUAAUGGCAGCAUGAUCCCGGUGGUGGCCAACGCCUCCAGCACCGCCCUGGUUACCGACGCCGCCUACUACUACACCUGCGACAACGGCACCGCCUGGAUCUCCAACGACGUGGCCCACGUCUCCCAGUGCCUCACCAAUGGCAACUUCUCGCCCAUAUUCGACUUCUGCGACGAAGGGUGUGAGCCGCCGCGGGACUGCUCAUCAGUGAUGGUGCUGGGUAUGAAGGUCUCCGGAGAGUACAGGAUCAUCCCCACCGGCCAGCCAAACGACCCCGGCAUCAAUGCAUGGUGUGACCUUGCAGAGAAUUCGACAAAUGAAGUUGAGAGAUUUGCAGAGGGUGGAUGGACUCUUCUCUUGCGCCAUCUGACCAGCAAUGGGGUCAUGAGUGGAGACUUUAUGGCUGGGUUUAUUCUCAACACAUCAUCUACUGAUACUGAAUACUUUAUGGGUAGUAAUCAUGUGCUGGACCUGAGCACGAGUAUAGAUGGGUGCAUUGGCUGUCGUCCAUUGGUGCUUAAGGUACUUCUGGAGGAGAGUGGAGGAAUCAUCUAUCAUGCCACCUACUUCAGUGUGGUCGCGACCUACAACUCUGCAGGGAAUAUCGUCCUCAACAGUACUGAAGAUUUCCAUGGCAAUGCAGGGGAUGGUCUGAUGCUGAACGGAGGGCAGGCGUUCAUCAAGAAAGCGGACAAUACGUGCUGGUGGGGAGAAACGGCAAACCUGACUGGGAGCACGAUUCAGUGGGGUCCUCUGGCUGGUUACACCAUCGACAAGGUUACAUUAUGGCUACGACCACAAGACUAUGAUAGUGAAAAUUCGUGUCAGGCAUUGAUAGAAGGCGAUCCAAGGUGGACAACUACUGAGGUGAAUAUGACGGUGAGCCGUGCCCCGGGAGCAGUGGUGAACUACACUUGCAUCCGCCAGUUUACGAUGGAGGGUGUAGAAGGUGGUGAACGCUCAGUCAGAGGAACUGUUGAGUGUAAAGCUGGUCAGACGGGAGAAAUGCCAUCGUGGAAUGAUACCCUGACCCUUCCCUGCACGGUUGUGUGCCCAGCAGGGUGGACUAGGUCGCACACUGAAGACUAUUGCUUCCAGUUCACCUCGAGCGUUGCGACCCACGGCAUCGUCUCGGCUGUUUUACAGUGUCGUGACGUUAAUGGUUCCAUGGGUGUCAUCUUUGAUAGUGGAUACCUCGCGACAGCAUUGCCCAGCCAGUACUACUUCACAGCUCACACACGCAUGGGGUCAGUAGCUGUUAAUGUGACUCCCAGCACUAUGGUAGCUGAUACAUUGGCCUGUACUGCAAACUGUAAUGCAACAACAGUCGAGCAGUGUCUUGUGGUGAGCAAUGCGUCACGCAAGUAUGCCAAGUGCAAUGACUCCACCAUGUACUCCCUGUGUAUGGUGCCAGCUUACUGCCCGAACGGCUACACCGCGUACCGAGGCUUGUGUUACCGAGUCUUCAACAACUCAAUUGAUAACUUCGGAGCAGCUCUUGGUGCUUGUAACAAUGAAACAUCUGCACUUGCCUAUCCACAGGACUUGGACACCAUGAACUUCCUCUCAUGGCUUGUCCAUGAUGCUGCUGCUGCUGCAACGAUAACUUUUCCUGCUGAUGUUAUGGUUGGUCUCAACAACAUGUGGGGAGACUGGACAACAGCAAGCAUAUAUAAUAUAAGCUCUGGGGUGGUGAGUGAGGCAGAGAAGCCGUCCACAGCACCUGGCUGGAGACUGUUGACAGUGCCUGACAAUCUUACCGUGGCACCAAGCUUCAAGGCAGCACAGCUCUCUGGCAAUGGUGCCAAUAUUGCCAUAUGCCAGUACUUGGGCCCCAUAGGAUGCUGGGACGCACCGAAGGAGCCGUUAGGCAACAUGACCCGUUCCUACUGGGACUGGGAGAUGACCGACAUCUUCAGCAAUGUCGCCUACAUAUGCUACCCUGGGUACUUCUUUGCGGGCAACAUUAGCCAGCCGACACUGACAGUGGAGUGUCUGGGUCAAGUAGGUGGGUGGUGCCCUCGGACCUUCAAUGCCUGCCUUGCUGUAGAAGUAUGUAUGGAUGUGCCCAUGGCACCCUCGCCUCUCAUCACCAACAGUACUUCGCCUAACUGGCGCUUUCUGAAUGGCACGGUAAACUUCACCUGCCCCGCCCUCAUGGCUACUCAGAAGAACAUGACGGUUCAGACGCUGACAUGCAGCUACAAUGGAAACUACUCCUUCGUGAAUGCCACAGUUGACCCGUGCAAUGUUUGCCUUGGAGAGCCUAAAGUGGGGAAUGCAACAACUAACUGGUCCAAUAGUACGUUGUGGGCAGUCAACACGACAGUCACUGCUACGUGCCUCACCAACUAUAUGGCCACCAUAAACACAAGCAAUCUUACUGUUGCUUGCACAGAAACCGGGUGGCAAACGUCUCCUCCUUGCUACCUGGGCUGCUCAACUCCCCCACCUGACGCAGGAGCUAAUAUGACGAUGAGUAACUACACUUCCAAUGCUAUCAACUCGGUGGUCACGUACACCUGUAAUCCCAGUCUCUAUGUCCCUCCUGAUAAGAAUUAUACGAAGGCCAUGGCUACGGUGAAUGUGACGUGCAGCAGCAAUUCUCAGUGGGUGAUUCUUGGCCCUGCCCUCUGGUGCACCUCUUUAUGCCUCGGGGAUCCAGUUCCUGCUCCAGCCUCUGCCAACAGUAGCUGGGAUGGUUACACUAGAACCAAUGGGACCACAGUCGUAUAUACUUGUGGGGGAAGCCUUUUGUUUGGGAACCUCAGCUCAACCAUCAAUAUUACCUGUCAAGAUGGAAACUGGACAGCAAUUGAUCAAAGCAUUUUUCUAUGCAGAGAAGCUGCAACCCAGCCUCCUCCCACUCUGCCAGCUGGAGCGGCCUUACCAGGACAGAAUUCAUCCACUUCUUCAGCAUACAACACCACUCAAUACUGGAAGGGGAGCACCAUCAAUGUUACCUGCGAGCCUGGCAAGAUCUCUCCCUCAGGUCUCAACUACACAAGUACAACAUUCAAUGGUUCUGCAUGGUCACCUCUUGACCCAGCCUUUACCUGUUUACCAGUUGCAGAGGAUGCACCACCACCUCUGCCGAGCGGGGCGAUGCUGGCCGGCCCACCUGCUCCUUUCUGGGUGGGACAGACCCUCAACUAUACAUGUCAGGCGGGCACACUACCGACCACAAACCAGACCUAUGUCAGCACAACAUACAAUGGCACAGCCUGGUCACCAAUUGAUCCCAAAUUCAUUUGCGGUAUGUAUACUUGCAGGUAGUGAUGCUUUGAACUAUUGUUUUACUUGGUACGGCUUUCGUGGGUAAUCUCUUAUUCCCAUGUUGGUAUAGCUUUUGUGGGCAAUCUUUUAUUCCCACAUUGGUAUAGCUUUCGUGGGUAAUCUCUUAUUCCCACGUUGGUAUAGUUUUUGUGGGCAACCUUUUUUUUCUGUACAUUAGGGCUUUUGUGGGGAACUCUUAAUAGCCAAUUUAGUAGGUCUUUUGUGGACAAUACUAUUCUGUAUGGAGCCCCAUCGGCUCCCUGGAGCUAUUGGACUGAUAUUACAUGAAGCUGUAUUAAUCUGGGGCUUCAGUCACAUGGAGCUUCAGUGCAGGGACCAAUGGGCUAUGAAAACUCCACUCUUUGAGAGUACUGUAAUUCAUAUCUGCCAUCGACUGUGGUUAGGCACCCAGAAUAUACCCCAACUGGUAGAUAAUUGCAACCCGAGACCGAACAGAGCCCAAGCACUUCCUCCAAGAAAAUCAAGGUAACAAGCACAUCACAUCAAACCAACGCGAGGGGUCCGUGGGUUAUUGAUGCUUGGGUGGUCAGGCCGGGGGUGCAUCAUGUUUUGUGUCUGGUUGCUGCUCUCUGCAGUUACCUGAGCGCCUUGGAUUCUGUGUCCGGGGACGCGCUUUGUGUUGAUCCACUUUCCCUCAUUUCCUGUUCUAGGGCUCGGGUCUCUUAGGUCGUCUGCAGGGUUAAGUCUUGCCAGCCUGCAGUCUACCCUCAUGCCCAUGAUGUUCAGAAGUUUGCGGCUCUUGCUGCUGUGUUUGGGAACAUAUCUUGGACUGACAUUCGGGCACGGGUUUUGGAGGUCUAACAGGAUCCUGGCCUCCCAUUAUCUCGUGAACGUUCCGGGCUCUCAGCGGUCUUGUGUGACCUUGGGCAGUCGGUUGCAGCCAGUUGUCCCGUCUUCGUCAUGAGGCACACGGUGCUGCUGCCUCCUGGGUAAGUUCCUCUUUUACUUAUCUUUGGGUAUCUAGCUCCAGGGAGCCGACGGGGCUCUCCACAGAAAACCAGAGAUGAAUGUAAUGAAACAUAAUUUUCUGGGUGAGCCCCAGAAGCUCCCUUGCAAGGUCAGCGGUCUUUCUUCUGUUUGCUCAGUCUCUGAACUGGUGAGCAGGUAGCCUGCUCGGGUGGGUGAGGCCUCCCAAGGGGGAAGGGGUGGCGGCGUGAACGAAAUCUGUUGACAAUUUGCUUGUUACCUUCUUUUUCUUGGGGGAAGUUCUUGGGCUCUGUUCGGUCUUGGGUUGCAAUUUUCUACCAGUUGGAGUCUGUUUUGGGGCGCCAACCUUUCUGGGUGCCUAAGCCUAGUCAAUGGCAAACAGGAAUAUACCUGUACAGUACUCCCAAAGAGUGGAGUUUUCAUAGGCCUUUGCUCCCUGCACCUCUCUGAGGGAACCAGGUUCUGGCUCGUGGUUCCUGGUAGGCAGAACUCCAUGUGACUGAAGCCCCAGACUAAUAUAACUAAUAUCAGUCCGAUAGCUCUAAGGAGCCUCUGGGACUCGCCUAGAAAAUGGCGUUUCAUUACAUUCAACGCUGGUUUUUUGCUCUGUUGUUGGGUUUCUUCCAUGAACCUUUAUUUCUUCCAUGGAAGAGCCUUUGUGGACAGCCAGGGCUAAAUGGUCUACACCCAUUAUUUUCUUCAUCUUUCGUUGUAGCUUUUCUAUUUAAUAGGAGUGCUGAUGGACACGAGAGGUACCAUGAUCCUCGGGUAAUAAAAUAGGCAAUACCAGUAUAGUUGCAUGAGUCUUUUGACCGUAUUGCAAAGCAAACUAUUUAGUUUGAGGUGCAGUACAAUUUGGCAGCAAUUGUUAAUCAAAAUUAUAUAAAACUAAUAUAUAACCUUUACAUGAAAGCUAAUAAUUACAUUGAUGACCAGGCACUUCAGCAUUCAUAAAUUUUCUGUUACUUUCAUUUGGAAAUAACAAAACUGAGAGAGUGCAGGUGUCACUAGUUGUAGUCUUGUUAGUCAGCUGUGCUCUUUAAGAUGUGAUUCUUAACAUCUUUAACUUAGCCACGUCAACCUGUGUAUUGACCUGAUAAAGUGCAUUAUUUAUGUUUUAGACACCCAUGGUUUCUGCUAGGCAAAUUAUACACUUAAAAGUUACUUUUGCCAGCCCUCCAGGCCAAGGAGUCAUCAGGAAUUCAUAUGUCCACUAAAGAAAGCUCUACAUCUUGAUCAUGGUGGCUUUCUCUGUAUUUAUUUAACAGUUUUCAAGUUGAAAUUGCUGUGAGGUCAUUCUAGACCAACAGUAAUUAUUGUUAUAGACAUUCUCAUUGUUACAGACAUGCUGCCAUGAUUGAAGAAAGAUGUAAUAGUCUCAUAAGUGGAUAUGUAAAUGCUUGGCGAAUCCUGGCCCUGCUUUGUAGGCAGUUGUGAAUCCUGAGUGUCGUGAGCUACUGGCACUCGUUCCUCGCAUCAUAUCUUUUAUUCUCAAUAACUGUUAAAAUUGUAAUCUCUCGUCUUCCCGUUCUUUCCCGCAGUACUGCUGAUUCUCCCUUAAUAUACCUUAGUGUUUGGUCUUUAAAAUACUCGUUCCUCAUGCCCACAUUUAAUUUUUCACAGUACUGGACUCCAUCUUCCUUGUCGGCCAACCUAACCUUUCCUCGUCCUUUCUUCUUGACUUUCUUCUGGUAUAUAUCUUUAUUUUCCUUCAAUGUCGUGCCUUUAUUUUACAAAUGCCGUGUGUUUAUUGAAUCUGCUCCAGCCUCUCAUGGCUCGUAGUGAUAUGUUUACUGAACUGUGCCUCGUCCUAUAUCAUCUCAAGAUAAUCAAGUCCUCAUAUUGUGUGACCAACCCUUGUAAGUAUGGUACAUAACUGUGUGCAGUGAUAAUAUUUUGUAAUAUAUAUUGGAUAUCUCCUGAUAUAUAUACUGCGAAAAAAUUUUGAUUUUGUAUGCUUAAGUGUGUGAAAAUAAUACGUAAAUUGAAAUUAUAAGUAAACCAUAUUAAAAUCAUGCCAUUACUAAUAACUAUAUUUCUUUCUUGCAACAAUCUGGAUUGUUAUAGCUUGUUAUAGCUCAGACUGAAGUUAUUUUAGCAUUCCAAUACAUUCCUCUCCACCCGUUUGUCAUGGUAAAGCCUUUCAUUUCUCUUGUCACUCCUCCUCCUGAUGCUGGGAAUGAGCGGGGCAGCUCAACGUGUGAUACUUGAGUAAAUGAUGACGAUGAUGACAACUUGAGUGACAUGUGUGACGAGUAAGAGGAAAGUGAACAGACUUGUUUGGUGAGUGAGCGAGAGUGAUAUUUAGUUAACAAUUAAUCAGCCUUUGUUAAUUAGCAUGAGUAACUUCACAUUGCAUAUAAUAUGAAGUUUUCAAGGAGAAAUACGGUGUAUUUGCUACUACUGUAUUCUAUUUUUGUAGUUUUAAUAGGCCUAAGGUUGUUUGGACAACCUUAGGCAUAUGAAUUUUAUGAAAUUAGUGUUUUGGAAUUUGUAUGACUGUUAUACAAGUUGAUCACUUCAUAUUAAUGCUUAGUUGUAUUAACAUAUUGUAUUUAAAGUGUAUAAUUUUGUACUGCAAUUGUACUGUAGACUAAUGUAUAUUUUUGUAUUGCAAUUGUAGUGUAAACUAAUGUAUAUUUUUGUAUUGCUAUUGUAGUGUAGACUAAUGUAUAUUUUUGUAGUACUUAAAUGAUGUAAAUAUCAUUUAAUGUAAUAUACAACAGUUUUAUUGUAAUAAUUGAAGUGUUUUAUAAUAUUA